AUGGAUGGAAAGAAGGACGUGGAGGUUCAUAGAAUUCACGUCCGGAAGAUUCUUACACUUAUGCAAAAGCAUAAGUUGUUCGCGAACCUCAAGAAGUGUACAUUCGCAGCGAACGAAAUACCACUUCUUGGCUGCAUCGUGGGUAAAAACGGUGUGCGUCCUGAUCCGGAGAAGAUCAAGGCGAUUAGCGACUGGCCUGUGCCACUCGACUUCAAGGGACUUCGAAAGUUCCUUGGCUUGGCGGCGUACUUGCACAAAUACUCGCGCAACCAUGCUGAGACGACUGUACAUCUCUCUCAUCUGCUAAAGAAAAACGAGAUAUGGUCAUGGAGCACUGAGUGUCAGUACUCAUUUGAAGGCAUCAAGAAAAGCUUGGUGCAAUCGCCUGUGUUGGAAAUUGAUGAUCAGGAUAGAUCGCUCCAUGUGGUCUGUGACGCCAGUGAUUUUGCAAUCGGCUGCGCGUUAAUGCAGUACGACUCAGACGGCGUUGAGCGCGUCGUCUGUUAUCAAUCGCGUCAGCUGCAAGCAGCUGAGCGAAAUUGCUCGGUGCAUGACAAGUAA